AGUGAGAGGGAGGGAGCGCAGCCGCGGGAGCGGGAUGGAGACCAGCAGCCCGAAGCCCCCGAGGCCCAGUCCGGGCCCGGCGCUGAGCCUGGACGCCCGGCUGGGCGUGGACACGCGCCUCUGGGCCAAGGUGCUGUUCACCGCGCUCUACGCGCUCAUCGUCGCCCUGGGCACGGCCGGCAAUGCGCUGUCCGUGCACGUGGUGCUGAAGGCGCGCGCCGGGCCCCCGCGGCGCCUGCGCUCCCACGUGCUCAGCCUGGCGCUCUCCGCCCUGCUGCUGCUGCUGGUCAGCGCGCCCGUGGAGCUUUACAACUUCGUGUGGUUCCACUACCCCUGGGUCUUCGGCGACCUGGGCUGUCGCGCUUACUACUUCGUGCGCGAGCUGGGCACCUACGCCACGGUGCUCAGCGUGGCCAGCCUGAGCGCCGAGCGCUGCCUGGCCGUGUGCCAGCCCCUGCGCGCCCGCCGCCUGCUGACGCCGCGCAGGACCCGCCGCCUGCUGUCGCUCGUCUGGGCCGCCUCGCUCGGCCUCGCCCUGCCCAUGCCCAUCAUCAUGGGGCAGAAGCACGAGCUGGAGACGGCGGGCGGGGAGCCGGAGCCCGCCUCGCGCGUGUGCACCGUGCUGGUGAGCCGCUCCACGCUCCAGGUCUUCAUCCAGGUGAACGUGCUGGUGUCCUUCGUGCUCCCCUUGGCGUUAACUGCUUUCCUGAACGGGGUCACCGUGAGCCACCUGGUGGCCCUCUGCUCCCAGGUGCCAUCCACUUCUGCCCCAGGCAGCCCCUCCCCAAGCCGCGUGGAGCUAGUGAGUCAGGAGAGGAAGUCACUCUCCCUGGGGGGCCAGGCCAGCCUGGUGAGACACAAGGACGCCCGCCGGAUCCGCGGCCUUCAGCACAGCAUCCAGGUUCUCAGAGCCAUCGUGGCCGUGUAUGUCGUCUGCUGGCUGCCGUACCACGCCCGCAGGCUCAUGUACUGCUAUGUCUCUGAUGACAAGUGGACCGACACGCUCUACGAUUUCUAUCACUACUUCUACCUGGUGACCAACACGCUUUUCUACGUCAGCUCAGCAGUGACCCCUGUCCUGUACAACGUCGUGUCGUCCUCCUUCAGGAAACUCUUCCUGGAAGCCCUCAGCAACCUGUGUCGAGAGCCCCACCGCAUGGAGCUGUCACCUGCGGAGCCCCUGAGACCCACCACAAUGGGUACAGCUUCAGGCUCUGGGGAGCCCCCAGAGCCCCCAACCUGAAUGAAACAGAGGGCUGAACCCAGCACACAGUGAUGGAGCGCCCUGUCACCUCGCAUUCAGACUGGCAAGCUCGUCACUAAUCAUUCAAGCUGAGCAGUCAGCCUGACCCCCAGCUCUGCCACUUACCAGCCGUGUAACUGCAGACAAGUCACCUACGCCUCUUAGCCUCAGCUCCUCAUCUGUAUAAUGGGGAUGAAGAGUCCCCAUCUCCCAGUGUUGUUUGAGGAUUAAAGUGCUUAGCACAGGGCCUGGUGCAUAAUAAAUAGUACAUUUUCACUGGC